GUGGUUGUUGAACUUUCAACAAGUUGUUAGCGGCUUCUUUGAAGGUCGUGAUGAGAGACGAAAGAAAAAGGGUUAAGGAUCAGGAAGGAUCCGAGAAACGUGAUAGUAGACGUCCUCUAACUGUUCGAGAUGUGAGUUUAAUUCGCUUGGCAAAGAAUGGGGAUUUGGAUUCAGUCAAACAAAUGAUAAAGGAAGGAGUAAACAUAAACGAGCAAGAUGAAACAGGUUGGACUGUAUUGCACGAAGCAUGUGUGCGGAACCUUCCACGUAUGGUUGAUUAUUUGCUACGACAUGGAGCUGAUCCUAGUAUCUCAAACAUAAACGGUGAAAUGGCACUUCAUUGUGCUGCGCGAGUAGGAUGUCUGCGUAUUGUUCGAGCGCUCAUAUACUACAACGCCGACCCUUUGGUAUCGAACCAUAGGGGUGAGAAACCUUUGGACUUGUGUCAUGACCCUGAGGUAUCCAGUUUUCUCAAACAACAUACUGAAACUAACCAACCACACAUGUUAACAUCGUCUGGUUCUGGAAAAUCAUCACAUUUGAAAGUUCGCCAACAUGCACACGGUACAAAACAUCUGAUGUCUUCUUUUUCUGGUACGACAAUAUCCAGUUCUACUGAAUAUUAUGGUGGUGGGGGUAAAGAUAACAGUAGUAUGGCAAGUCCAUCAAAUGUUUAUUCAGACUCAGAAGAUGAUGGUCAUUCGCAUUCAGGUUUGAGUAUAACUGCCAAUACAUCUCACCAUAAUAUUAGUCCUAUUAAUACUAACCAGCAGUUAGAUUUGAAUUGCUUAUCAUCUACCGGUCAUCAUAACCAUCCAACAUCUAGCCCAUCAUUGUCGUCUGUACCCAAAUCCGUAACUGAUGUGCACAUCUCUUCAGCAAAGUCAUUGAAGAAAGAUCCCUACGCGUUUGAAGAUGAUGAGAAUGAUGAGACGGUGAACGAUUCUGGGAACUCACUACUUCAUCCUGCGUCUGGUGUUAAUAAUAGUAAUAAUACCAAUACACAGGCAACAGGACAUAUUGGAGUUCAUUCUGGUUGUGGUGUUAGUGUUGGUGCUCCAGCCAAUUUGAAUAAGUCAACUUCCAAUUCUACCAUUUCUUCUUCUUCUUCUACUACUACUUCUGUCAAUACAAAUACGAAUACUAGUCCAAAUAGUAAUAUCAGCCUUGGUAGUAUUGAUUCACUUUCAAAGCACACACGCCAACUGUCUUCUUCCAAUUUGUCAGCAACUGUGGAGUGUGGAAAUACCACUUUGGAUAGUAAUAACGAUAAUACAUUGACGACAUUGACUGGUACAAUCAAUAGUGCUCUUACUACAACUACUGCUCCCAAUAAUAGUAGCAAUUACACAACUAGUAACAACAACUGUGCUAGUAUUGGUGGGCCUCCGCUUCGGCUUCGUUUUGCAAAAGAAGCCGGUCAAUAUACUUUGAUGGAACAUCAACAACAACAAAUUGAUUUAUCCAUUUCGAAUUGUGAUGCAAAUCUUGUUCCUUCAUCAAGUGGAAUUAUUUGUACAACAACUGAAGCAUCUCAUGUCACUGUCAUUAGUGAUAGCGACAACGAUAACAAGAACAUGAAUUUUCAAAUGGAUAUUGAUAACAAUAAUAAUAAUAGUAGCGAUAAUGUCAGUAAUGAGCAUAACUCCAAUAUGGGUACAUCGAUGACGAUAAAAAGUGAGCCAAUCACCAUAUCAGGUGAUGAAGAAUUGAAUCAUGUGUCUACAUCAUGCCAUUCGGAGUCAUCAGGAGGCGAAGAAAUCUCGGCACAGAAGGUUCCUCCUUUACGCAUAAAAUUUGCUUCGGGUACUUCCGGAGAUGAGUCAUCAUCAAUGACGUCGUCGUGCAUGUCAGUCGGAGCAACUGGUGGUGGAUUGGCAAUUCAUCCUAUUAAUAAUGUGGAGAAUAAUUCGACUAAUGAGUCGAAUAUGAAUGAUAAAUGCGACGUGAAACCUCGUGUAUCUGAUGAUGGUUUGAUGACUGUGAAUAACAAAAGUGAUGGUAAGGAGGCUGGAGUCACUGUCACUUCUCUGGUUUCGACGAGUGUCGUUUCACUGAAUGCCCCAGUUCUUGAAAAAGUUUCAUGUUCAAGCGUGGAGAAUAUCGGCGACGGUAACAGCGGCAGUAGUACUACUGCCACCAUUACUACCGGCACUACCGAAACUGUCCACGAUCAAUAUUCUAGCUACCAUGAUAAGUCAUCUAAGUCUUGUGAUCAUGUUGUUGCAAUGAAUGUACACCAUGACGAAUCGAGUACAGAGUUGUCCAUAUCUUGUACUCCCCCAUCAACAUGCAUCACUAGUGCUGGGAUGAACACUAGUGUGAAUAUUGCAAGUGGUGUUAACAUUGUUGAGAUGAAUAGCAAUCGUGGUAAUUCAAGUAAUGCUAAUCGGGUGAAGAUGGAUAAUACGCUGGAGACGAGUGAGUGUCAUGGAAAGAGUGGCAAUAAUAAUAGUAAUAAUAAUAACAACAACAACCACACGCACAAUCGAAGUAAUAAUAAUAGUAAUAAUACGAAUAAUGGUAAUCGAGAAGUGUCGAAAGAUACUCAUCGACAUCGUAGUGGGCGUACAUUACGUUCACAUACAGCUGCUCAACGUGAAAAAGAAGAGAAGGAACGUCACACGGAUGACACUACUCCGAUUAAGAAGCGUAAACUUCGUUCUCGUUCGGAUACUGUGACAAAUCAUGAGAAUAUCAGUCAACAGAGUCGUAGUGGUGGUGGAAUUGGGACAGUAAAUGCAAAUAAUUCACCUGUAACAACUGUUCAUGCUGGUUCGUCAACUGAAUCUUCUAACGUGCCGUUGUCUUCAAAUGCUGUUGCAAACAUGGAUGUGAUUGAAGAUACACAUGGUUGUUUAACUGUAACUGCUUCUUCUCAAAGUGACAGUCACAUGGAUAAUGAAGAGAAGAAGGUGUCUGUCGGGAGCUCUCAGUCUACAGUGCUGACGGAUAAAGAUACUACUGAUGUUCAUAUGACUUGUGUUUCUGAAAUGGAAGGAGGGCAUUCUGUUUCAUUGUCUACCACCACUUCUUCUUCUACUACUACUACCACUGCUACUCAUACUACUCCUACUAAUACUACUACUACCACUACUGACAAUGAUAACAGCAACAAAAUGGAAGUGGAUGGGAAACCAGAGAUGUGUGGAACUGCUGUGUCAGUUGUGACAUUGAAUAUGGAUGGAUCGAAUGAUGUGAAUGUCGUGUCAUCAGUCUCCGAAGUAGGAGUGACGACGGUGGUAACAACAACAGUAGGUGUAGCAGGAAUAGCAACAUCAACUCCAUCAUCAUCGUCAUUAGCGGAACAGAUAGGUGGAUGUUAUAGUGAAGCAGAUUGUGAUAUGAGUUAUUUAUUUUGUCCCUCUGCUCCUGGAGAUGAAGAUCGUAAAGAUGUUGAGUUGUUGAAAUUUCAAAAUCCAUAUGGCAAAGCUGCUGAACUGAACAAGAAUUUACGUGAACUUGUCAAUAAUCUGGUGAAGGUCCAUCCGAAAGCACCUUGUGGUUAUCAAGAUUACCUGUUGGUUACUCGCAAUUACCUAUUGGCUAAUCAACUCUCAUUUGCUACAUAUGUGAAACGUUCAGCACCGAGUCAUUUGGAAGCAACUUUUGUGGAAUUAUUCAAUGAACAAGAAGAAGAACGCUAUGCCCAGGCAUUGAAACACCAAUCAGAACGAAUGACUUUUUCUAGCGUUUUAUUAUUGAUUGAAGGAACACUUACAACUGGGCGCAGAACAAGCUGUUUUACGUGCUCAAACACGUGGUGCUUUAGCAGUGGCCAAUCAAUCGAAACCAUAUUCGUUUUGUUCAAUAUUAUCCUAUAAUGAUUUGACGUAUAUUCCACCGGUUGGGAAAUUAGAGAAUCGAGAAGAAGAGAAUAUACGCGAUCGUUUUACCCCUCGUACAUUUAUCGGUUGGCUUCAAGACAUUAUCGAUACAUUUCAGAAUGAAAAGAAGAAAUUACUCUGUCGACAACUUCAUGAAGCUGAGUCACUAAUGAUGGUGCAGAAACUUGAUUGGGAAAUGAAAACCCGUGAAACAUUGGCGUCGAAUAUCGAUUGUAUUGGUGUUGUGGAUGUAUUCAAAGACAUUCCAGCUAAUUAUGUUCCACUAAUACCAGUGCCUAAUGAUUUUCCACUGUUCGCUCAUGAUCCGGUACAUCGAACGACAACGACUACCACAACAACAGCUGCGCCGGUGGCGGCGGCAACAGCGACGACAAUGUCAACCACACCGAGUACUCCGAUCCCCAUCACCUCUACUACCAACACCACCACACACACCGCUGUCAAUAAUAGCCCAACGGUAUCAGCAACGACAACUACGCCGACUAACAACUCAUGAUUGAUAUGAUGAAGGGGACUUGUUGUUUUCAUUUUCUUAGUGAUGAAAUUUAUGCAUUUUGUCAUACUUCUCCUUUCUUAGCUUUGAUUUGAUUUUACCUUUUCAUCUCAACAAAAAACAGCCGGUAAACUACUGACAUUCUACUCCUUCAUCCUCCUCAUCACAUUGACUUUGUGUUUGUGCGUGUCUGUUUGUUUGUGUACAUACUUUGUGUGUUGAUGGAUUGACUAAUUUUUUAAUGAUUUUAUGUUGUCAUAAUCAUUGUCCUCGUCAGUAUUUAUGGGAUAUUAAUAUGUCUACUGAAUGUAUAUCUGGUAGAUUGAUGAUGAUGAACAGUUCGUGUAUGCGUGUGUGCGUGUUGGAGUUUUCUUUCUGUAUUGUGGUGAAACUGUCUUUAUGAUGUAAUUUGCCAGUGUCAAUAUGGCUGGUAACAAUAAUCAUUGUUAAUUUUUACUAUGAUUUGUAUAGUUUAUUUAUGUAUUCAGCCACUUAUCUGUGUAAUUAAUUAAAUGCAUAUGUUUAUGUACCUGAAUUAUGUAAUUAAAUAUAAUUAUUUUUUCCUUAGAAUAGUGGGGUUUUCCCUAUUCUAAAGGAUACAGUAUGGUGUCCAAGUUUGAAAUUGUAGCGGAUUCGAAAUCAUACAAUUUUAUCUC